GCACAACGUUCAGAAAGUGUCGUGGCUCGUGAACCCCUGAGCCGAAGCUGAGCCUAAAUUAAUUAAGCGAGCAAGCACCCAUCCGCGCUCGGAGCGAUCUAAUCAUGAUCACAAAUUUUGUGUGCUCUCUGAAUACAUCUUUCAAUUUCUAACACCCUGCUCACAAAUCUAGGUAGAGGCAAGUGCUUCACCUCUGAGGAAGAGUCAAGCUGCUUGAGGUCAGCGAUCGGGGAGAGAGCGGUCUUCGGAGUGAAAGGAGGGGUAAUUUCGCGAUGGCGGAUGCAGCAAAUGAUAUGGAGGAGCAUGGAAUGGUGCGGACCUUGAAGGAUCUUUUUGCUGGUGCUGCGGGUGGUAUUGCUCAAGUGCUUCUGGGCCAGCCAUUCGAUAUCGUAAAAGUGAGACUUCAGACAACAACCCAAUACGGCAACGCCCUAGAGGCCGCCAAAACCAUCUACCAAAAAGAAGGACCCCUUGCUUUUUACAAAGGCACCCUAACCCCCCUCAUCGGAAUCGGCGCCUGCGUCUCCGUACAAUUUGGAGCCUUCCACGAGGCUCGGAGACGCCUGGAAGCUUACAACGCAUCCAAAACGCCUCUCAACCCAGGCCUCUCAUACGCCCAAUACUAUGCCGCUGGAGCUUUUGCCGGAAUUGCGAAUUCCGUGAUCUCGGGUCCUAUUGAGCAUGUCAGAAUUAGGCUGCAGACGCAACCACAUGGCGCUGCGAGACUGUACAGCGGACCCUUGGACUGUGUAAAAAAGCUCUCAGCUCACGAAGGUGUUUUGAAAGGUCUUUACCGCGGUGAAGCAGUGACCGUCUUACGAGAAGCGCAAGCAUAUGGAGUGUGGUUCCUCGCAUUCGAAUAUAUGAUGAAUGCAGACGCAGCACGAAAUAAGAUCGACCGGAAGCAAAUCCCCAGUUACAAGAUUGCUUUCUACGGAGGUUUAGCUGGCGAGGCGCUGUGGUUGGCAAGCUAUCCGUUUGAUGUGGUGAAGAGCAAGAUGCAGAGUGAUGGCUUUGGAGAGAAUCAGAAGUUCAAGGGGAUGAACGAUUGUUUUAGGCAGACUUUCAAGGCCGAAGGGUUGAGGGGGUUCUGGAAGGGGAUUGGUCCAACGUUGUUGAGAGCUAUGCCUGUCAGUGCUGGAACUUUUGCCGUAGUUGAGAUGACUAUGAGAGUAAUAAGCUAGAAGGAGACUGCGGGAGGGUAAUUUUAGACAAGUUCGCAAGAUGACAAAAGAGACUUUCACUUUGUGGCGA